UCACUUUUUACACCACUGCGGCAGCAAGAGCACUUCGACGAGAGCGAUGCGUACGUAAAGUGAGCGGCUUUGAAAGUCUAAAAGCCGCUCGAAAUGCUUCCGUGUGGACUGGAGUAAGUCUACACCGGAUCGUUCAGCAACACAGCGAGUUGAUCGUGUGCAAGUGACUUCAUUUAUGAACAUCAGAAUGGUUUUUACGCACUUGCUUCUAUGUGCGGGCAUGUUGACGCUGCGUCUGUGUGGAGCCUACUACAGCGGACUUCUCCAGCCAGAGAUGUCGAACGGCACUUUUCACCACUACUUCGUGCCGGAUGGCGACUAUGAGGAGAACGACGACCCGGAGAAAUGCCAACUGCUCUUCCGAAUGACCGAUGAACGAAAGUGCGGUCCCGACGAGGACCAGGACUCGGUUAUCCGGGACGAUUUCACCAUUAUCAAGCGGCACAUCGAGGACUCUGCCCGGGUGCUGGAGGGGCUCGGGACGAGCAUCUCGUACGACCUGGACGGGGAGGACAGCUACGGGAAAUAUCUGCGGAGAGAGACCACGCAAAUAAGUGACGCGUUCACGAACUCCGAGAAGUCCCUGCUGGAGCUCGAGGUGAAGUUCAAGCAGAGCAAGGAGAGCGAGUUGAAGGAAGAGCACCGGCUCAGCGACGACUUCCUCAACAUGAUCGUGAGCACCCGGGACACCUUGAAGGAGACGCUGGACAUUUCUCUUGGACUGAGGGACAAACAUGAGCUGCUCUCGCUCAUCGUCCGCAGCCAUGGCACACGGCUCAGUCGACUGAAGAAUGAAUACAUGAAGUACUAAGAGAAGAGUUCCGACCAUACUUUUCCUCCUCUACUGUAUUGUUAUGCGUGUGACUUUGAUGGAUUGCAAUCACAUUCAAGCACAAUCAAUUAGAUGGCAUAAAGCUAUACCGUAAUAACAAAGAUAGUAUUGUUCAGUUUUUACUGAUUUAACUAUAUUGUUUAUUAUUGUGGUCUCUUUUUGCAGUAACUUGAAAUGAAUUGCAUCCUAGUCGGAAUUAUGGCUAAUAUUCUGCCCUUCUCAUGUAGUUAUACGUAGUCUUCGCUUUGCAGUGUGCGGUGCAGUUGUAGACUACGGCAAACCACAGUCAUAAACAUUGUGUAUAAUAAUAAUAAUAAUAAUA